AUGGCUCGGGCCAAAAGCAUUGCUCUGGCUUUGGUGGUAGUUUUAUGCCAGCUCAUCCUUCUCACAGCUGGCUACGCCUUCCGGAACUGCAUUGAGGAUCCAGUUCAACGUAAAACCUUCAGCUGCAUUUAUCGCAGACAAAGCAAUAUCUCUGCUCUGGUUGGGGACUUGCCCUUUUGGGCUGAAACUCUUAAUCUAUCCAACAACUACCUCCACACUCUUCCCCCUCAUUCCUUUCCUCACCUCCAUCAGCUGAGGAUCCUGAGAAUAGAUCAUAAUCAUCUACAAAUUAUAAAUGCUUUUGCUUUUUACAAUUUAGGACAGUUGGAAACUUUGAAUCUGUCCUCUAAUGAAAUCAACCACCUUCCUUCCUCAGCAUUCAGUGGUUUGCUGAAUCUCACUGAACUUAUCCUGAGCAGAAAUGUCUUGGAAACACUCUCUCUGGAUAUUUUUUCAGGGCUUCCUAUUUUGAAUUUUUUAAGCCUCCAGGGAAACCACCUGGACAAUUUCUCGCAGAUAGCUGCAUCUGUGGCACAUCUGCACAGGCUGAAUAAAUUAGAUCUCUCCAGUAAUUACCUCCAGUCCCUCCAGCAUUCCUCCAGCCUCCCUCAGUCUCUCACCAUUCUCUAUCUCUGCAAGAACUGGCUUGUCAAGUUGGCCUGUGAGCCUAACUUACUGAGUUCCGUCAAGCUUCUGGAUCUUUCGUACAACAAAAAACUCCAGUCGGCAGCCUUACAAGGACUAAACCUGAAGAAUAUCACAUAUGUGCGCUUGCGUUAUACCAGAGUCUCACCUGACAAUCUUUUAAGUUUAACAAAUGUUAAUCCUGGUCACAUAGACUUCUCAGGCAUGAGUUUGUCAAACAAAUUUAAGCUGGAAGAAUUGUGCAAGCUUUUGAAAAGCAGAAAAAAGAAACUGCACAAACUGAUCCUUCAGAGCAAUGAGAUUCAAAACCUGGAGAAUGUAACAUUUUCCAAUUGCCCCAUCAUUACAGGUGCUGUGGAUCUCUCACACAAUAGGCUAAAGAGCACAGACUGCCUAUACUUCCUGAAAGGGCAAAACUACUUGACAGACAUUAUAGUUGAACACAAUGUUCUGACCAGCCUAAUGUCUUGCCAAAAAUUAAACUUUUCUUUUCCUAAACUGACCAGAUUAAGCUAUCGCUACAACCGCAUACUUUACAUUAGACCCUUUGCUUUCAAACAAACUGUCAGGAUACAGACCCUCAACCUAAACAUCAACAAUAUUGCCUAUAUGGAUCACAAAGCCUUAAGAGGACUGAAUCAUCUAACCACACUCCGUCUUGACAACAAUCUUCUGACAGAUAUUUAUGAGGACAGUUUUGAAGAUUUGUACAAUCUGCAAAUUCUCAAUUUACGGAAUAAUCGUAUUUCUGUUAUUUUCAGCAAAACAUUCCAUAACCUUAAUCAUCUACGUAUUCUGGAUUUAGGUGGAAACAAGAUUUCACAGUUCCAGCAUUGGGCAUUUUUUGGGCUUAACAACCUAACUAACCUUUAUUUGGAUCAUAAUCACUUAAAAGAAAUUGAGAGCAGGCAUUUUGGGCCCCUACAAGCCACGCUGCAAGUGCUGGACCUUCAGCAGAACCUUAUCCGGUACUUACCAAACAGCACAAGGUCCCCGUUUCAGAAUCUGACCAAACUGAAAGACCUCAAACUGGGUGGUCAGAUACCAUCUGGGAUGAAAUUGUUGCCCCAUGGUUUUUUCCAUGGCCUCAACUCCCUAAAAUCCCUCUACUUCACUAAUAACCAGAUCUCUAGCUUUCAAACAGAUGCGUUUGAUGACUUAACCAGUUUGGAAUUUUUAUCACUUGACAACUCUGGUAUCGGAAUGGUACAGCUUCAUCCAGGAACUUUGAAAAACCUCCGCAAGCUAAAAAGACUUAGUGCAGAGAACAUGGGCAUUGAAUCUGUCUCAGCUGAUGUGUUUGGUAACCUGACUGAACUUCAGGUCUUACAACUCCCCCAUAAUGCCAUAAGGACUGUGGAUCAAGCUUUACUGAACCAUCUUCCCAAUCUACGUUACCUUGACCUUCAUGAGUGUCCCAUCAGCUGUACUUGUUCCAAUACUUGGCUACAGAACUGGACCAAGAUAAACUACAAUGUCCAGAUAGUGUACUUGUACAAUCUGGACUGUCCAGACCUCCCAGGAUCUAAAUUUUACAACUUUGAUAUUGAAGUGUGUUACUUGGAUUUGGGAUUAUAUCUAUUUGUCUCUACAAGUGCCAUAAUCUUUAUUUUUUCUGUUCUACCAUUGCUCUAUGUAAAGCUGUACUGGAACCUGAAGUACAGCUACUAUGUGUUUCGUUCUUGGUUUGGUGAACGCUGGCGGAAACUUCAUGAUGAGGAAGAACAAUGCAAAUAUGAUGCCUUCAUUUCCUACAACUCAGUUGAUGAACAGUGGGUUCUAGAUCAGUUGGUACCAAAUCUGGAAGGUAAGGAGACUUCACUUCGACUCUGCCUCCACCACCGCGAUUUCGAACCUGGACGGGACAUUGUGGACAACAUUGUGAAUGCAGUGUAUGGAAGUCGCAAGACACUAUGUAUUGUGAGCCAACACUACCUCCGCAGUGAGUGGUGCUCUCUGGAGAUUCAGCUGGCUAGCUACCGCCUCUUCCAUGAGCUCAGGGACGUAUUGCUCCUGGUUUUUCUGGAGCCCAUUCCAGAGAGUCAACUGUCUGCCUACCACCGCAUGAGGAAAGUCAUGCUGAAAAAGACCUACCUGCAGUGGCCAGGCCCUGAUUGUUCAGAUCCCACCCGGGCACAGGAGCUGUUCUGGAAUCAACUCAGAAGAGCACUGGGAAGCAGCAACUCCAGCCCCCACAGAGAAGAUGAGAAGGGAGAGUGGAGCAAGGAAAACAAUUUUGCUAAUCAGCAGGUAAAAGACGACACAUUAUACUAUUUGAUGCCCUGAGGGAAGAUACUGAAAAAAAUAACAUGUGUUGUACCAUAUAACCCACAAUGACAGUUACAAAAAGGGCCCCGCUCUAAGGAAACACAUCUGUUCCUGCAGUAGUUAACCAAUAAAGGGAUGUUGGUACGAAAGCGAAACUUUGCUGUUAUCU